GUGCAGUGUCACUCGGACCCAAAAAACCAAGCUCAGAGCCCCUUGAGGCUUCUCUUCUCUCUCUGUGCUUCAGAACCGGAAAAAUCAAACCCUAAAUCGCCAUGGAAGCUCUGGUGGUGAACAUCCAGGGGCUCUCGACGAAUGCCGCAGACCUUUCGAACCUUCACAUCAUUCUGAAGCAGGCGCAUGAGUCUCUCCAGGCGGAGUCGAUUCGGUUGCUUCCUCUUUUGGACCAGCUCGAUCCCUCCCUGCAUUCGCUUGGAUACCUCUACAUCCUGGAAGCAUGCACUUCUGCUGCAUUGUCAAAGGAGCAAGCUAGUGCGGUGCUGUUGCCCACUGCCAGAUUUAUCAAUUCAUGUGAUAAGGAGCAAAUUCAAUUGGCACCUGAGAAAUUCGUAAGUGUUUGCAGGAGGUUCAAAGAUUUUGUUAUGCAGCUUGAAGCCCCAUUGAGAGGAGUGGCACCAAUGUUGACAGCAAUUCGGAAAAUUCAGAGCUCCUCGGAACAUUUGACUUCCUUGCAUCCAGAGUUUCUUGUUCUCUGUUUGUUGUCAAAAAGCUAUAAAGCUGGAUUGUCAAUUUUGGAUGAAGACAUUUUUGAGGUUGAUCAGCCAAAAGAUCUUUUUCUCUAUUGCUAUUACGGGGGCAUGAUAUGUAUAGGACAAAAGCGUUUUCGCAAAGCGUUGGAGCUUUUACACAAUGUUGUAACAGCUCCAAUGUCAGUCAUUAAUGCAAUAGCUGUUGAAGCAUACAAAAAGUAUAUAUUGGUUUCACUAAUUCACAAUGGACAGUUCUCUACCAGUCUCCCUAAAUACACCUCAUCUGUAGCUCAGAGGAAUCUGAAGAACUUUUGUCAGCCCUACAUAGAAUUGGCAAACAGCUAUAGCACUGGUAAAAUUGCUGAGUUUGAGACAGUUGCCCAGAAACACAGGGAGAAAUUUGAUAAUGACAACAAUCUUGGACUGGUGAAGCAGGCUAUAUCUUCCAUGUAUAAGCGCAACAUUCAGAGACUGACUCAGACAUACUUGACUCUCUCCCUCCAAGAUAUAGCCAACAGUGUUCAGUUAAACAGUGCUAAGGAAGCUGAAAUGCAUGUGCUACAAAUGAUCCAAGAUGGUGAGAUAUUUGCAACAAUUAACCAGAAGGAUGGAAUGGUUAGCUUUCUUGAGGAUCCUGAACAGUAUAAAACCUGUCAGAUGAUUGAACAUAUUGACUCAUCAAUACAAAGGAUAAUGGCGCUUUCGAGGAAGCUGACUACUAUGAACGAGAACAUCUCUUGUGAUCCUAUGUUCCUAGCCAAGGUUGGGAGAGAGCGGCAACGAUUUGACUUUGAUGAUUUUGAUCCUGUUCCACAGAGGUUUAAUAUAUGAUUCAAUCAUUUUCACCCCUUCUAUCGGCAUUGACGAGUGGUUAGGACAAAGAUGGUGGAUCAUUUGAAUCUGUUUUCCAGCUUCUUACCGUGCAAACUGCAAAAUCCCAAAUCCUGUCUAGUUAUGAAACUAGUUUGUAUUUACUGUUCUCGACAGUUUUCUUUUUUUGUUAUGAUAGGAAGACCACAAUUCCAUCAGCUGAUGAGAAAAUGAAACAAAAUGUGUUCUCAAGGUUAUCAGUUAUGCUUUUAGGCUCAACUUUUAGAAAUCAAGGUCCAUGCGUUUAAAUGAA